GGCGCGACGCCCCGAGGGCCAGCUCGGGCUUUGGUCUGGCAGGGGCGGUGGCGACGAGAGCGGCCGGGAAGAUGCCAGUGGCGGUGAUGGCGGACAGCGCCUUCAGUUUCAGGAAGCUGCUGGAUCAGUGCGAGAACCAGGAGCUGGAGGCUCCUGGAGGAAUUGCCACACCGCCAGUGUAUGGUCAGCUUCUGGCCUUGUAUUUGCUCCAGAAUGACAUGAAUAAUGCAAGAUAUCUUUGGAAGAGGAUACCACCUGCUAUAAAGUCUGCAAACUCUGAACUUGGGGGAAUCUGGUCAGUAGGACAGCGAAUCUGGCAGAGAGAUUUCCCUGGGAUCUAUACCACCAUCAACGCCCACCAGUGGUCAGAGACUGUACAGCCAAUCAUGGAAGCCCUUAGAGAUGCGACGAGGAGACGCGCCUUUGCCCUGGUCUCUCAAGCUUAUACCUCCAUAGUUGCAGAUGACUUUGCAGCCUUUGUCGGGCUUCCUGUGGAAGAGGCUGUGAAAGGUGUAUUGGAGCAAGGAUGGCAGGCUGACUCCACCACAAGAAUGGUUCUUCCCAGGAAGCCAGCCUCAGGAGCCCUGGAUGCUUCCUUGAACAGGUUUAUUCCCUUGUCAGAGCCUGCCCCACUUCCGCCAAUCCCCAACGAGCAGCAGCUCGCCAGGCUUACCGACUAUGUGGCUUUCCUGGAAAACUGAUAGAUCGCUCUGAGUUCAACAUCCACCUUCAGUCCCUGUCACUGGCAAACAGAUGUGGAGUUUUAUUCUGAAUUCACUGAACAGGGUGAGCGCCUCGGUGUCCUUUGGGUGUGAUAAAAUGCACAUAGAAGAUGAAGCGCAUUGUACAGCUUUCUCCUCAGACACUGUUGAAUGUCCUUGGAGCAGUUCUCAUUUGUAUUGAUCACCUUGCUUGGAGCCAUCAGUAUUAUGCAGCUAGUUUCUGUCAACGACUGGACUCCGGACACAAGCUGUCCUGCUCCAAGUAGCAGGGAGGCUGCUGUGGCACACGCCGUACUCCCAUGUGCUGCUGGCCCCCAGCUGGAGUGAUGUGUCCCAGGGCAGCGCCCAACCGACAUUGUCACUCACACUCUGGAAAGUGUGCUCUUUCUUCCCACCCCAGUACAAGGAAUCACUGAUGUAGAAUGAGAAAGAGCCGAGGCGUGGUGGAGCGUCUCCUGGGAGGAGCUGUCGAUGCCACCUUUCUUUUCCCAGGAUGUGCAGCAUCCAUUGCAUGAGGAGGACAGUGUGCAGUGGGAAUGCAGCUUGUGUGUCCAAGUGGCACCCUUAAGUUCUGAGGCCUCCUUUCAGAAGGGGGCAUGGCGUGCAGUGUGUGCUGAGGCACCUCCUGAGCUGGGGGGUGGCCGUGCAGCCCCUUUGCUGCGCCUUGCGAUCCUGUGUAGAAAUGCCGAAUGCGUCUAUUUUUGUUCUUGUAUGACAGCCCUUGAAGAUUUGAGGUGGUUAAUGUAUCUUCAGGUUAAAACAGCCCUGGUUCAUUUAUCCUGCAUUUGUUCAAUAAAUAUUUAAUUGAAUUCUUAAA